UGCAUAUAUGGGAAGACGGCGCACUGUCGAACCGUUUCGUGGCUGAUUAAACAAAAUUGAACGGGGCAGCGCGCACACUUCAAACAACUUCGCUGGCUUCAACGCGGUUUAGUUAACCAGUUAACCUACAUCUGAGUGGUUCAUAGGAACACUUGUUGUUUUUGUUGUUGUUUUGGUGUUGACUCUGACUCUCAAAAUGCCGAAUUGUCCUAAGUGCGAAAAGCCCGUUUACUUCGCUGAGCGAAAAACAUCUUUGGGUAAAGACUGGCAUGCUGGAUGCUUGCGUUGUGAAAAAUGCAAUAAGACUUUAACACCAGGUUCUCAUGCCGAACACGAAGGAAAGCCUUAUUGCAAUCACCCCUGCUAUUCGGCACUUUUUGGACCAGGUGGAUUCGGACGUGGUGGUGCGGAAAGCUACGUCUACAAAAAGUAGUUUAGUUAUUAUGAUAACUAUCUAUUGCUUUACAAUAUCUUUUACCAUUCCAUUUUAUCAGUUGACUAAUAUGUAAUUAAUAAUAAAUCUAAUUUCACAUCA